GGAAUAUCCGAUUCCAAUCGACGAGCACAUGAACGUACGUUUCGCCGCCAUAUGCAUUCCAAUCUGUCACUUUAACAUUUGGAUCGGUAUAUGUCAUUGAACGAUUCUCUCUUUUUACACUGAAAGUGGUACCGAUAACAUGGCACCGACAAAAUCUGGAAAGACAGAAAAGCCAAAGGCUGCCGACAAGCCAAAAGCUGAAAAACCAGCAACAGCUAAAGGCAAGGUUGAAAAACCCGCUAAACCAGCUGAAACCAAGCCCAAUCCAGCCGCUGCUGCUAAUGUAGCCAAGGAAGCUACCAAGACUAAAGCUGCACCAGCUAAAGCAGCCCCAGCUGCUAAGGCUGCCAAGGCUGCCCCAGCCAAGAAGGAAGAGGCAAAGAAGGCUCCGGCUGCCAAGAAAGAAGACCCAAAGAAAGCACCAGCCGCCAAGAAGGAGGAGCCAAAGAAGGCUGCCCCAGCUAAGGCUGCACCAGCCAAAGCUGCUCCAGCUGCCGCACCAGCUCCAGCCGCUGCUGAACCAGCUAAAGAGCAAAAAGAUGCUAAAACCGUCAAGGCUGUCGCUGCUAAGCCACAACCCAAGAAACGUGGUGUUAACGCCAAGGCUGCCGCUGCCAGUGGUAAGGGACGUGUUAGCAAGAAACAAUUGCGUGGCAAGGGCUUGAAAAAGAAGAAGAUCCAACUUCGUUUCGCCAUCGAUUGCACCAACAUCGCCGAAGACAGCAUCAUGGAUGUUGCUGACUUUGAAAAAUACUUGGUCGAACACAUCAAAGUGAACGGUAAAGUCAACAACUUGGGCAACAACGUCACGCUUGAACGUCAAAAGAUGAAGGUGAUCGUCAAUUCGGACGUCCACUUUUCGAAAGCCUACUUGAAAUAUUUGACCAAACGGUAUCUCAAAAAGAACAGCCUUCGUGACUGGAUCCGUGUCGUAGCCAACGAAAAAGAUAGCUACGAAUUGCGUUACUUCAGAAUCAGCAGCAACGAUGAUGAUGAAGAAGAUAACGAAUAGAUUUUUUUAAUGAAAUUUGCAGCGCAAUUUCUUUCAGUUGGAGACAAUGUUUGUUUUUAAUCAGAGAAAAUUGUGUGGAAAUCUUAUUGCAUAAAA